AUGCACACAGGUUAUUAUCUUCUAUAUUAUAACAUUGUGUUUCUCUUGCAGGAAAUAACAUAUACAAAGCGAAGUUACGUAGUAAAACCCACAUUGAAUGAAGUGGUCAUAGUAAGUGCCGUGAGAACACCCAUUGGAUCCUUUCUAGGAAGUCUCUCCUCUGUGCCAGCCACUAAACUUGGCUCCAUUGCAAUUCAGGGAGCCCUUGGAAAAGCAGGGAUUCCAAAAGAAGAAGUGAAAGAAGUGUACCUGGGUAAUGUUCUCCAAGGAGGAGAGGGACAGGCCCCUACGAGGCAAGCCGUGCUCGGUGCAGGCUUACCCAUUUCUACUCCCUGCACCACCGUGAACAAAGUCUGUGCUUCCGGAAUGAAAGCCAUCAUGAUGGCGUCGCAGAGUCUCAUGUGCGGGCACCAGGACGUGAUGGUGGCAGGAGGGAUGGAGAGCAUGUCCAAUGUUCCCUACGUGAUGAACAGAGGGGCGACGCCUUACGGUGGAGUCAAGCUCGAAGACUUGAUCGUGAAAGAUGGACUAACUGAUGUCUACAAUAAAAUUCACAUGGGAAACUGUGCUGAGAAUACUGCAAAAAAGCUUAAUAUUUCACGAGAUGAGCAGGAUGCGUAUGCUAUCAACUCCUACACCAAGAGUAAAGCAGCGUGGGAAGCAGGGAGAUUUGGAAACGAAGUGAUUCCUGUCACAAUUGCAGUAAAAGGUAAACCAGAUGUAGUCGUCAAAGAAGAUGAAGAAUAUAAACGUGUUGAUUUCAGCAAAGUUCCAAAGCUGAAGACUGUUUUCCAAAAAGAAAAUGGCACAGUCACGGCUGCCAACGCCAGCACGCUGAAUGACGGUGCCGCUGCCCUGGUGCUGAUGACGGCAGACGCCGCCCGGAGGCUCAAUGUUACACCACUGGCGAGGAUAGCAGCAUUUGCUGAUGCUGCUGUAGAGCCUAUUGAUUUUCCUGUUGCACCUGCAUACGCCGUGCCGAAGGUUCUUAAAAAUGCCGGAUUGAAAAAAGAUGAUGUUACAAUGUGGGAAGUAAACGAAGCCUUUAGCGUAGUUGUACUGGCAAACAUUAAAAUGCUGGAGAUCGAUCAUCAAAAAGUGAAUAUCAAUGGAGGAGCUGUUUCUCUGGGACAUCCAAUUGGGAUGUCUGGAGCCAGGAUCGUCGUGCACAUGGUUCAUUCCUUGAAGCAAGGAGAGUACGGGCUUGCCAGUAUUUGCAAUGGAGGUGGCGGUGCUUCUGCCCUGUUGAUUCAGAAACUCUAG